CUGCCACCCUGACUCCGCUUUCCCCUCACCCCAGGGGCCAUGCACCCCCUGCGCAGUGGCCUGCUUAAUUCCACAUCAGAUUCGGACCUCGUGCGCUACCGCACCAUUAGCAAGAUCCCCCAAAUCACCCUCAACUUUGUGGACCUCAAGGGUGACCCCUUCCUGGCUUCGCCCUCCAGCGACCGGGAGAUCAUAGCACCCAAGAUAAAGGAGCGGACCCACAAUGUCACGGAGAAGGUCACCCAGGUCCUGUCCCUGGGGGCGGACGUGCUGCCCGAGUACAAGCUGCAGGCGCCGCGCAUCCACCGCUGGACCAUCCUGCACUACAGCCCCUUCAAGGCCGUGUGGGACUGGCUCAUCCUGCUGCUGGUCAUCUACACGGCCGUCUUCACGCCCUACUCAGCCGCCUUCCUGCUGAAGGAGACGGAGGAGGGCCCGGUGGCCCCCGACUGCGGCUACGCCUGCCAGCCCCUGGCCGUGGUGGACCUCAUUGUGGACAUCAUGUUCAUCGUGGACAUCCUCAUCAACUUCCGGACCACCUACGUCAAUGCCAACGAGGAGGUGGUCAGCCACCCGGGCCGCAUCGCCGUCCACUACUUCAAGGGCUGGUUCCUCAUUGACAUGGUGGCCGCCAUCCCCUUCGACCUGCUCAUCUUUGGCUCUGGCUCGGAGGAGCUCAUCGGGCUGCUGAAGACGGCGCGGCUGCUGCGGCUGGUGCGCGUGGCCCGGAAGCUGGACCGCUACUCGGAGUACGGGGCAGCCGUGCUCUUCCUGCUCAUGUGCACCUUCGCGCUCAUCGCGCACUGGCUGGCCUGCAUCUGGUACGCCAUCGGCAACAUGGAGCAGCCGCAUAUGGACUCCCGCAUCGGCUGGCUGCACAACCUGGGUGACCAGAUUGGCAAGCCCUACAACAGCAGCGGCCUGGGCGGCCCCUCCAUCAAGGACAAGUACGUCACGGCCCUCUACUUCACCUUCAGCAGCCUCACCAGCGUGGGCUUUGGCAACGUCUCCCCCAACACCAACUCAGAGAAGAUCUUCUCCAUCUGCGUCAUGCUCAUCGGCUCCCUCAUGUACGCCAGCAUCUUUGGCAACGUGUCGGCCAUCAUCCAGCGGCUGUACUCGGGUACAGCCCGCUACCACACGCAGAUGCUCCGGGUGCGUGAGUUCAUCCGCUUCCACCAGAUCCCCAACCCACUGCGCCAGCGCCUUGAGGAGUACUUCCAGCACGCCUGGUCCUACACCAACGGCAUCGACAUGAACGCGGUGCUGAAGGGCUUCCCGGAGUGCCUGCAGGCCGACAUCUGCCUGCACCUGAACCGCUCGCUGCUGCAGCACUGCAAGCCCUUCCGCGGGGCCACCAAGGGCUGCCUGCGGGCCCUGGCCAUGAAGUUCAAGACGACACAUGCGCCACCAGGGGACACGCUGGUGCACGCGGGGGACCUGCUCACUGCCCUCUAUUUCAUCUCCCGGGGCUCCAUCGAGAUCUUGCGGGGUGACAUCGUCGUGGCCAUCCUGGGGAAGAACGACAUUUUCGGAGAGCCUCUGAACCUCUACGCGAGGCCUGGCAAGUCCAACGGGGACGUGCGGGCCCUCACCUACUGCGACCUGCACAAGAUCCAUCGGGACGACCUGCUGGAGGUGCUGGACAUGUACCCCGAGUUCUCCGACCACUUCUGGUCCAGCCUGGAGAUCACAUUCAACCUGCGAGACACCAACAUGAUCCCCGGCUCUCCCGGCAGCGCGGAGCUGGAGGGUGGCUUCAACCGGCAACGCAAGCGCAAGCUGUCUUUCCGCAGGCGCACCGACAAGGACCCGGAGCAGCCAGGGGAGGUGUCGGCCUUGGGGCCAGGCCGGGUGGGGGCAGCGCCUAGUGGCCGGGGUGCCGACGAAGGCCCAGGCCGCAGCUCCAGCCCCCUCCGCCUGGUGCCCUUCUCCAGCCCCAGGCCCCCUGGAGAGCUGCCGGGUGGGGAGCCCCUGACUGAGGACUGUGAGAAGAGCAGUGACACUUGUAACCCACUGUCAGGGGCCUUCUCAGGAGUGUCCAACAUCUUCAGCUUCUGGGGGGACAGUCGGGGCCGCCAGUACCAGGAGCUGCCUCGAUGCCCCGCCCCCGCCCCCGCCCCAAGCCUCCUCAACAUCCCUCUUUCCAGCCCUGGCCGGCGGUCCCGGGGUGACGUGGAGAGCAGGCUGGAUGCCCUCCAGAGGCAGCUCAACAGGCUGGAGACCCGGCUCAGUGCAGACAUGGCCACCAUCCUGCAGCUGCUACAGAGGCAGAUGACGCUGGUCCCGCCCACCUACAGUGCUGUGACCACCCCCGGCCCUGGCCCCACCUCUACCUGCCCCCUGCUGCCUGUCAGCCCCAUCCCCACCCUCACACAGUACUCCCUUUCUCAGGUUUCCCAGUUCUUGGUGUGUGAGGAGCUCCCCCCGGGGGGCCCAGAGCUCCCUCAAGAUGGCCCUACUCGACGCCUCUCCCUGCCGGGCCAGCUGGGCGCCCUCACCUCCCAGCCCUUGCACAGACACGGCUCAGACCCAGGCAGUUAGUGGGGCGGCCCGGUGUGGACACGUGGCUCACCUCGGGUUCAGCACAUGGCCUGGGCCCCUCCCCUCGGAGGCCCUGCCCAGGAGGCCCUGGCCACGAAGGGGAGAGGAACUCAAAGGGGAGAGGAACUCAAGGCACAGCCCCUCCCCAGCUCUUGGGACCAUCUCCUCCUGCAGUGGGAGGGGCAGGGGCAGGGCUGGGCAGUGGACGGGGGUCUGUGGUUCCCCCACUGCUCUGGGGGCAGUAGCUGGUCUAACUGCCUGGUGACACCCCGCCCUAGGCCUUAGGCACUCAAGGACUUUUCUGCUAUUUACUGCUCUUAUUGUUAAGGAUAAUAAUUAAGGAUCAUAUGAAUAAUUAAUGAAGAUGCUGAUGACUAUGAAUAAUAAAUAAUUAUCCUGAA